CCUGAUGAUCAGUUGUUCCCGAGUCACAUGAAAGAUUUGUUCAAGAACGACCCAUCACUUCUCUGGCUCAAGUUAAGGGCUAUUGGGGAUCAACGUAUUUCUUGAAAAGAUCCGGCUCAAUUCGUUCAUGAAUCGGACGUCGCAGGUGUAGCCUAUCAUCACUACCGUCUCACGAUUCGGAUUGUAUUUCCAACUUUGCAGUGUACUUUGGCCUACCCAGCAUGCUGCUGCAGCGGCCGUACAGCCUCGAUGUGUCAGCGCCGCUCCUGCGGACUCAAGCCUUCAUAGAUGGGCGCUGGGUCUCCGCUGCAUCCACAUUCCCCGUGUUAGAUCCAGCCACGGGAGAAGAGAUCACCAAAGUGUCAGACUGCGGUACAAAGGAAGCUCAAGACGCUGUCAAUGCUGCAUACAAAGCCUUUCACCUGUGGAAGAAUCACACAGGCAAGGAAAGAAGUGUUUUAUUACGAAAAUGGUUUGAUCUGAUCAAUCAGCACAAGGAAGAUCUUGCCAAGUUGAUCACAGCAGAGUGUGGGAAGCCCAUGAAGGAGUCCAUUGGUGAGAUGACAUACUCUGCCUCCUUUCUGGAGUGGUUUUCUGAAGAGGCCAGACGUGUGUAUGGAGACAUUGUCACACCUCCAGCCAAUGACCGCAAGAUCCUGAUACUCAAGCAGCCAGUGGGAGUGGCUUCCAUCAUUACACCUUGGAAUUUCCCCAGUGCCAUGAUCACCAGGAAGGUGGGUGCAGCGCUUGCGGUGGGCUGCACUGUGGUGGUGAAGCCGGCUGAGGAUACGCCUCUCUCUGCUCUGGCCCUGGCUGAGUUGUCGGUUCAGGCUGGCAUUCCUCCUGGGGUGUUGAAUGUGGUGCCCUGCUCAAGAGCAAAGGCCCCUGCUAUAGGGGAGCUGCUUUGCACAGACCCUCUAGUGGCCAAAAUCUCAUUUACUGGCUCCACAGCCACUGGCAAGAUACUACUAAGACACGCUGCAGGAACUGUCAAAAGGGUCUCCAUGGAACUGGGAGGACACGCCCCAUUUAUUGUGUUUGACAGUGCUGAUGUAGAUAAAGCCGUUACAGGAGCAAUGGUUUCCAAAUUCAGGAACACAGGCCAGACCUGUGUGGGCUCCAACCGCUUUUUGGUGCAGAGUGGGAUCCACGAUGCUUUCAUGGAGAAGCUGGCGAAGGCGAUGGAUGCCGAACUGAAGCUUGGCCAUGGCUCAGAGCCCACCACCACACAGGGGCCGCUCAUCAACACUCGCGCUGCAGAGAAGGUGGAGAACCAGAUUGCAGAUGCUGUGGCACAGGGAGCAGUCAUAGUUCGAGGUGGGAAGAGACUGGAGGGCUCCUUCAUACAGCCCACCCUGCUUUCCAAUGUCAGCAAUAACAUGCUCUGCAUGCAAGAGGAGACGUUUGGACCACUUAUUCCUGUUGUUAAGUUCAACACAGAACAGGAGGCACUUGCCAUUGCCAAUGCUUCUUCUGUUGGUUUAGCAGGUUACUUUUACUCCAGAGACAUCAGUCAGAUCUGGCGGGUGGCUGAGCAGAUGGAGGUGGGCAUGGUUGGGAUCAAUGAAGGUCUGAUCUCCACCACAGAAGCCCCUUUUGGAGGAAUCAAACAGUCUGGAAUGGGCAGAGAAGGAUCCAAAUAUGGCAUUGAUGAGUAUCUAGAAAUAAAGUACAUGUGUUUGGGGGGACUCUCUCUUUAAAGACAAUGCUUACUAGCAGGCAGUAUGGCAUAAUUCAAACAAGACCAUUAUAAAGACAUUAAUUUACAAAACACUGUGAAAUAUUCUCUCUUUUAAGCAGAUGUAAAUGAAUAAUGAUUAUACAGAGACAUUUGUUAGGAUAUUUUAGGUAGUGUUUUAGAUACAAAUUGUCCACUUUGAGAUUCCGUCCAUCAUAACUGAUUGAUGUAACCUAGUUGCUCUGAAAUAAGAUUGGCUUACACAAAAAAAAUACUUUUGUGUCAUUAUGUAAAAUGAGAAAAAGUUUCUUUUUUUUAGAUUGAAAAGACAAAUUUUAAGACA